CAUACGUCGAGCUAUACGUCAGGUGGACACACGCGCUGUGAACGAGGAAAAAAAAUAUAAACAAAAUUGGAGCAACAUGAUAUUAAUAACGAUCUUACUGAUUUCUUCGGUAUCAUCCAUUGACGUCGAAGUCAGCGUGCAAUGUACGACGUGCGUGCUCGUAAAUAAAACGUGUUACAACGCUACUUAUCUACUAGACCUAGAUGCGCCCUUCAGAAAUAACAUCGUCAUCACCAAAAUUGGUAUAUUAAGGUCUGAGAAUGUUCUGUUCUACAGUUUCGAGCCGAGAAUAGAAGAUCUCGAGUAUUACAAAAUUGGGUUCGUUAACUUGGACGCGCCCGAGAAAACGGGUGUGAUCAAUAGCCCAAACUACGUAAUGAACUUCGGUAGUUUUGAUAUCGAUCAAGACAGAUCCUUGGUUUACUUGGGCGGUAAUGACGGAAUAUUUGUAUUGGACACGGGCUCCAGUCAACUCCUCCCUUAUAGCAGUCGCGGGGAUCCGAUCGAGAGCAUAUUCUACAAAAACAACGUUUACUUCGUCAGAUACAACGACAGAGGCAUCGUUGUAAAGAAAGGCGAUUACUUUAAGACCAUUCUAGAAUAUGUGCCGGUAAACAAGUUUGUUAUCCACAAAACUGACAUAAUAGUUUUCAUGAAUAGUUUCGGUUUGUUUGUUGGCAGGGACAAGACUGUCUAUCGUGUAUCCAAGAAUCCUUUUUUCAGAGGUCUGACUGUUGAUCUAGAUGGCGAAGUAUACGCAUGGUGGAUCGAUGGAAUAUACAAGGUGAUAGUCAAAUGGAAUCUAGUGGAUUCUAAAGUUGUUAAAAUAGCACAUCUACCGUCUAUAGGAGCUAUGGCGUUUGAUAAUAAAAACAAUUUAUUAUUUACGUCAAAUAAAGCUCUUUAUAGAUUAGUAGAGACCACUUACAACUGUACACUGAAUUAAGUUUAGUUACUUGUUUUGUUUUAGUGCCAAUUAGAGAUUUUAUUGAUCCAUUUAAAUGUCACUUAAUCAAUAUUGUUAUGCGUUUAAUGACAAAAAUCUAUUUACGUUAAAGACUGUUAUUGUUUUAAUUUCAUACGAAACUAAUGUACUUUUGAGAAAUAAAUUGGAACAUAGGCAAACUCUUGAAGUCGCUUGUUGAGGGCUGAAUAGUUGUCGUCGCCACUUUUAACAGUCAGCGAUAUAGUGCAUCAGUAAUUUUCGUGUCAAGUUAUUCAGACACUUCAUCAAUCUAUCUGCGCGUUACAGUUGUUCAAUUAAUUGGAAAAUCAAUGCUAUCAAUAUUGGAAUAUCUGUCGGUAGUGCGAAAGUAUUCAAUUAAUAUAGAAACAUCGUCAGCGGCAGGUGUGCGCGCUGGUCGAUAUAAAUCAUCAAAAAGUUGGCGGAAUCGGAGGUACCGAUUCAUUAAAAACUUCGACGUAUCUUUAUUGAUGAUACUAAAUUUGAUAUCACUACGUAGUAUAAAACAAAGUCGCUUUCUCUGUCCCUA